GAGCGCGCGCCGCCCGGUUUCCGGCGGGCCUGCGUUCCUCGAUUUACGGCUUGCGUGCCCUCUAGCUGCAGCCCAGGACUUCGCGGGAGCGGUUCCGGUACUUGCGGGUGCAGGCCAGCCGUCGUCUCCCGCCUGGACAGAGGACAAGAGGACAAUGGGAAAGGACACAGGCCCACUAGUGCCUUUACAUUAUUUUGGCUUUGGCUACGCAGCACUGGUCGCUACUGGUGGAAUCAUCGGCUAUGCAAAAGCAGGUAGCGUGCCGUCCCUGGCUGCAGGGCUCCUCUUUGGGAGCCUGGCAGGCCUGGGUGCUUACCAGCUGUCUCAGGACCCGAGGAACGUCUGGGUUUUCCUGGCUACAUCCGGGACCUUGGCUGGCAUUAUGGGAAUGAGAUUCUACCAUUCUGGAAAAUUUAUGCCUGCGGGUUUAAUUGCAGGUGCCAGUUUGCUGAUGGUCGCCAAAGUUGGAAUUAGCAUGUUGGAUAGACCCCAUCAGUAGACAUCACGCCCCAUCCUGGACUCACGAAGAAUUAAACUCUCCGAACUUCCACUGUUUGCAAUGUAUUCAGGAAAUAAGUGCAGUGUUUUUACAUAUGCUGGUAUUUUAUCUUAAAAACAUGACACUGGACUUGAUGGGAAAAAUUAGUCAUAAUCAUUACAACCACACAGAGGUGGUAAAUAUAUGAUACACGGACCUAAUGGUGACCGUCAUACAGUUUUGAUUCUUGUGCACUGGUAUUAUCUCUUCUUUCUGUAUCUGUGGAUAAAAUCUCAAGGUCUAAAAUGUUAGAGAUCAACAUUGGGGUAUCUCAAACCUCAUGCCCUACUCAGAGAAACAGGGGGAAAAGACUCUUCUUAUGAGUUUCAGGGUAUAUGUUCUUUUGCUCAUCUUAGAGCACAGACUCACUUUGAAAUUAUGCUAAAUGAAAUAUCAAUGAAAAUAAAGUUUUUCUUAUAAAUAA